CGUAAGCUGGUGUCAUCUCUCGGCGAGCUGCUCAACCUCAAGAUUUUUCGGAGCUGAUGUAGAGUUCGCUAUAAAGUUUUACCAAUACCUUCUUUCACUUACUUCAAGUUCGUAUGAAUAGACCUCCAAAAGCAAUUGAAUCAAGAAUAUCGCUUUGAAGAACCCAUCACUAGUCGAAUUUGACGUUUCUAAUUUUGAGGUUAGAAUCAGAAUUAAAGUAUGAAAAUUAUUUUAAAUUCAAAGCGGUCGUGAUCACCUCGUCGUCCGUAUUUCGAUCGAAUAGCUCGGUUGUCUAUUCUCGAGAGCCCCCAACCGGUUCCGCGGAGUGUCGCAAAAAUGUCGAGCGGUCGCAAGUGCAAAAAUUGCGGGGGCACCGACAUUGAAGUCGAUGCGGCUCGGGGAGAUGCCGUGUGCACCAACUGCGGUUCGGUACUCGAAGACAGUAUUAUCGUCGCCGAGGUACAGUUCGAGGAAGGGGCCCGCGGGACCAGCAGUGCCAUUGGACAGUUUGUCGCGGCUGAUUCCAAAGGGGGUGCCACUAAGUUUGGGGCCUCUUUCCAUGUGGGUGUGGGUGUUGAAUCACGCGAGAUAACCUUGAAGAAAGCUCGGACAGGCAUUGCUCACCUUUGCAACCAAUUGAAACUGAACCAGCAUUGCAUUGAUACUGCUUGCAGCUUCUUCAAGAUGGCACUGUCAAGAAAUUUGACUAAAGGAAGACGAAACACCCAUGUUCAUGCUGCUUGUGUUUAUUUGACAUGCAGAACUGAAGGAACAGCACGUAUCCUUUUUGUAAUAUAUGCGAAGUUAACCUGAAAGUCAACAUGAGUUGCCCUCUCAGGUUGCUUUUAUAGAAUCACAACUAAACUUUAAAAUACAUUAAGUCAUAUGUCAUGAGGAUCACCCAAUAGACCUCUGUAAGUUGAUUUAUCCUAAAAG